UCUAUAAAAGUCCUCGACGUACAGUUGCAGCUCUGAUUUAGCUUUAGAUCCAGAUCAAAAAAUUUUGAAUCAUCAUCAGAGCUAGGGUUCUUUGAUUGAUGAUGAUGGGGCGUUUCGCUCUUGUUCUCCUCUUAGCUUUCACGUUGCUGCAGCUCCUAUGCUUCGCCGCCGAUGAUGAUGCGGUAUUUUAUGAUUCAUUUGAAGAGUCAUUUGAUGGGCGAUGGGUGGUUUCUGAUAAAGAUGAUUAUAAAGGUGUAUGGAAGCAUUCAAAGAGCGAAGGGCAUGAUGACUAUGGGCUUCUUGUGAGUGAGAAGGCACGGAAGUAUGCAAUAGUGAAUGAGCUUGAUGAGCCACUGAGUCUCAAGGAUGGAACCACUGUGCUUCAAUUUGAGACUCGCCUCCAGAAUGGACUUGAAUGUGGUGGUGCAUAUCUGAAAUACCUUCGUCCUCAAGAGGCUGGGUGGAAGCCUAAGGAAUUUGACAAUGAAUGCCCUUACUCUAUCAUGUUUGGACCUGACAAAUGUGGGGCCACAAACAAAGUGCACUUCAUCUUGAAGCAUAAGAAUCCUAAAAGUGGGGAAUUCGUUGAACACCAUCUUAAAUACCCACUCUCUGUCCCUUCUGACAAGCUUACUCAUGUGUACACUGCCAUCUUGAAACCUGACAAUGAGGUUAGAAUUAUGAUUGAUGGAGAGGAGAAGAAGAAGGCAAACUUCCUCUCAGCUGAAGAUUUUGAGCCUCCACUUAUCCCUGCCAAGACAAUUCCCGAUCCAGAUGAUAAGAAACCUGAGGACUGGGAUGAGAGAGCAAGGAUUCCUGAUCCAAAUGCUGUGAAGCCAGAUGAUUGGGAUGAGGAUGCACCCAUGGAAAUUGAAGAUGAGGAGGCUGUGAAACCAGAAGGAUGGUUAGAUGAUGAGCCUGAGGAGAUAGAUGAUCCUGAGGCAACCAAGCCAGAAGAUUGGGAUGAUGAAGAGGAUGGUGAGUGGGAAGCUCCAAAAAUUGAAAACCCAAAGUGUGAGGCGGCCCCUGGUUGUGGUGAAUGGAAGAGACCAAUGAAGAGGAAUCCAGCUUACAAGGGAAAAUGGUCUCCUCCACUAAUUGACAACCCCAAUUACAAGGGUAUUUGGAAGCCUCAGGAGAUUCCAAACCCCAACUAUUUUGAGCUUGACAAGCCUGACUUUGAGCCUAUUGCUGCCAUUGGUAUUGAGAUUUGGACUAUGCAAGAUGGUAUAUUGUUUGACAAUAUUUUGAUAGCUAAAAAUGAGAAGGUUGCUGAGUCAUACCGGGAGACCACAUGGAAGCCCAAAUUUGAGGUUGAGAACGAAAAACAGAAGGCUGAGGAUGAAGCUGCUGGUUCAGACGGGCUUGUAGGCUUCCAGAAGAAGGUCUUUGAUGUCCUAUACAAGGUUGCUGAUAUUCCUUUCUUAAGUGAAUACAAGCUUCAAAUUCUCGACCUCAUUGAGAAGGCUGAGAAACAACCAAACCUCACAAUUGGUGUCCUAGUCUCUAUUCUGGUGAUUAUCCUCACAGUUUUCGUCAAGCUCAUAUUUGGUGGGAAGAAGCAACCAAGAGUAGAGAAGAAACCAGAGGUUGCUGAGACAUCAAAUGAUAAAGGAAGCGGUGGAGAAAAGGCUGAAGAGGAAGAAAAAGAAGAAACUGCUGCUGCUCCUCGCCGAAGGAGGCGCGACACUUAGUGGCUGGUGAUUAUCAGUUUCGCAUUGGACAAAUUUUUGCGCUUUAGGUGUUUUUCAUAGAUGAAACAUUCUUGGUACUUCUGAAUAGUAGAUGUAUGAAUUGAAGAGUGUAAAUGAGACAGUUUUCUGCCUCAAAAAGCAAAAACCAAGUAGACUUGGAGUUUGAGGAUUUGAUGUUUUAUGAUGUGCUGCUAAAGCAUAUGGUUGUCACUUUGAACUUUAGAUCAUGACUUUUGAAACCCCGAUGGGGCCAAUGAAUGGUAGAACAUGUAGAACUUUGUUACA